ACAAAUCUGGUAACACACAAACCAUAUGCUGCUUAUGAUUAUCUGAAUGUAAAAGCAUAAAAACAUUGACUAGAGACAUACUUGCUAAAUUCAUGAGAGCAGUUAAGUUGGAGGAAGGGUUACAAAAUGGAACUGAAGGUGAACAUCCACUUCAGCUGUAAUAUUUUAGUUCUUAUAUUUAAAAACUCUUUUGGGGCGCCUAGGUGGCUCAGUCAGUUAAGCGUCGGACUUCGGCUCAGGUCAUGAGCUCACAGUUCCUGAGUUCGAGCGCCACGUCAGGCUCCCUAGUCAGCGUGGAGCCCAAUUGGGAUUCUGUCUUCUUCUCUCUGCCCAUCUCCGUAUCACACUCUCUCUCUCAAAAAUAAAUAAACAUUAAAAAAACCAAAAACAAAAACAGUAACACUCUUAAAAACUCUUUUAAGGAUGGGAAAUCGGCUCUGCAGAUUUUGAUUUGCCAGUCUCCAUAACCGUGUGAGCUAAUUCCCUAUAAUAAAUAUUAUAUUUAACAUACAUAUUAAAUAAUAACAUAUAGUAUGAUAUAAUAUGUACUUAAAAAGGUAAAAUAAAAACUUUUAAGGAAACAUGAAAAAGUACUAUUAAUUGUAAAUUCCAGGUGGUAGGUACUUAGGGUUUUAAAAAUGUAAACUAUAUUUUUCUGUAUAUUUAUUACUCAAAUUUUAAAAACUAGAUGUAAAAAUGUUUCAUUGGGAAAUUUCAAAAAUUGACUCAAAAAGAAUGUAAAUGCCUGAAUAGCCUAAUAACCUAUAGAAGAUGAUUCAAAACAUCAGAGAACCACCCACUAAUAAAAACACUAAGCCCAGCCAAUUUUAUGGAUGAGUUCUACCAAAUGUUCCAGAAACAAUGUCCUAACUCAUCCCAUGAGGAUAGCAUAAUCAAAACAGAGCUAGAUUAUAAGCAUUCCAAAUUCAGCAGGGUAUUAAAAGAAAAAUUAUCUUGCCUCAGUGAGGUUUAUAAAAAGAGUGCAUGUAUGAUUUAACAUCAGCAAGGUCAUUUUUAUAAUAUACAACAGUAAAAAAAUUAAAUGAGAAAAAAACCUUAAGUGUUCAGUUAAUGUAACAAAGGUAAAAUUUAGUAACCAUUAUGUCUUUUUUUAAUUCUUUGCAAACAAGGAACAGAAGAAAACUUCUAAAUGUAGAAAAAAGAAAAAAAACACCCCCCUUAGUCAAAAACAAUCGAGGAUGCCCCGCAUCAACUGCUAAUCCAUAAAAUGAAACAAAUUUAAAUACUCGAAAUAAGAAAGCAAAUAUCAGCAGGUGCAGAUUAUAUAACUGUUAACUUACAAAUUCCAAAAGCAUUUACAGAGACUGCUAGAAAGAAGCCCCGAUUUGCCUCUCCGCCUCCGAAGCCCCUCCCCCCACUGCCGAGUUUGCGCACGCGCAAUUUUGGCGCAUGCGUGUGGGACGGAGAGAGAAGCGAGAUGGCGGCGCCCGGUCUCCCGACGCCGCUGCACGGACAUGUGGGCCGGGGCGCCUUCAGCAAUGUGUACGAGCCGGCGGAGGAUACGUUCCUGCUGCUGGACGCGCUCGAGGCGGCAGCGGCCGAGCUCAUGGGAGUGGAAAUAUGCCUUGAAGUAGGGUCAGGGUCUGGAGUGGUAUCUGCAUUCCUAGCCUCUAUGAUAGGUCCUCAGGCCUUGUACAUGUGCACUGAUAUCAACCCUGAGGCAGCAGCUUGUACUCUGGAGACAGCACACUGUAACAAAGUCCACAUUCAGCCAGUGAUUACAGACUUGGUCAAAGGCUUGCUACCAAGAUUGAAGGAAAAAGUUGAUCUUCUGGUGUUUAAUCCCCCCUAUGUAGUGACUCCACCUGAAGAGGUGGGAAGUCACGGAGUAGAGGCUGCUUGGGCUGGUGGCAGAAAUGGUCGAGAAGUCAUGGACAGGUUCUUCCCACUGGCUGCAGAUCUUCUGUCACCAAGAGGAUUAUUCUAUUUAGUUACCAUUAAAGAAAAUAAUCCAGAAGAAAUUUUGAAGACAAUGACAACAAAGGGUCUACAAGGGACUGUGGCACUUUCCAGGCAAGCAGGCCGAGAAGCCCUCUCAGUCCUGAAGUUCACCAAGUGCCGUGUAUUGUGCUGAAUGUGCGUAUAUUGAUAAUAUAGAUGAUGUUGAACGUAUGUAUGAAUAUAUGGAGAGAGAGAAGCGGAAUAUAUUCAGCAUGUUGUGAAACUGAAGUCACUUCUUGGUUAACAAGUAUAGAAUUGUCAGGUUAUAUAGAAGAAGGUAGAAGGAUAUAGCAGUCCCUUUUACCCAGGAAUCAAGUCUAUGGAAAUUUUUGCAUAAGUGCAAGUAAAUGCGUAUCCGAGAUAUAUUAUGUGUAUUUUACAUAUAAAACCUGAAUGUGAGUCACCUAUCCAGCCACUAAACAUGAGUUAGGUUUGUGUACACUGAACCUGAAGGGGUUCAUAAUGUACCAUCAAGUGAAAAAGAGCAAAUUACAAAACAGUAUUAUCCUGUAUGUAUAAUUUUAAAAAACCAACAGAGAGGGCAUGUCUAUAUGUCUAUAUAAGUAAGUCUCAUGGGGAGCCUGGGUGGCUCAAUUGGUUGAGAGUCUGGUUCUUGAUUUUGGCUCAGGUCAUGAUCCCAGCGUCGUGGGGUUGAGCCCCAUGUUGAGUUCUGUGCUGAGCCUGGAGCCUGCUUGAGAUUCUCUUGCCUCCCUCUACCCUUCCCCCCUGCUUACAUGCUCUUUAAAAAAAAAAAGAAGUCUCAGAAGGGAAAUGGCAGGAAGGAACAGAGGGACUUUCACUCUUUUAUGGGUUAUUUGCACAACCCCAGUUACUUGUAUAAUUUUAAGAAGGUUUUCAUUAUUAAAAAUUUUUUUAAUUUACUUUCACUUGCUCAUUGUCUCCAUUCUAUUUCUAUUAUUUAGAAUGCCUCCAGCCUCCAUGUUUCUCACUGGUCAGAUUUUUCCUACCUUUUAUGCUUUUGUCAUAUACUUCUAUCUUCUUCUUGAAUAUAUCUUGCAAACUGCUAUACAUUUUUUCUUAGAUCAAGGAGAGUUGUAUAUAAACAAACUCACAACUCUUAGGUUAAUCACACUUUUAAAAGCUGACAAAGGGGUGCCUGGGUGGCUCAGCUGGAUAAGCGCCCGACUUUGGCUCAGGUCAUGAUCUCAUGGCCUGUGUGUCCGAGCCCCACGUCGGGCUCUGUGCUGACAGCUCAGAGCCUGGAGCCUGCUUCGGAUUCUGUGUCUCUCUCUCUCUCUCUCUCUGCCCCUCCCCUGCUCAGGCUCUGCCUCUCAAAAAUAAAUAAAAACAUGAAAACAAAAUUUAAAAACUGACAUGCAUCUUUUAGGAAAUGUCAAAUUACCUUUACUAAGUUUAGGAACCUCUUCUUCCAUAACUUCUAUACCAUUUAAAAUAAUAUUUAUCAAACUCAAAGAACAGGACUAUAGGAUCUGAGUGAGCAGAAUCUAGAAUUAAUUUUUAAUUCGGCUACGUUUAGUGUCACUUGGAGAAGCUUUUUAAGAUUAUAAAUUCCUGAGCCCCACCACAGACCCGUGGAACCCUCUGCUGAGCAGACCCAAAACCUGUACCGUUUAAAAUGUGCUUCCCCCUGUUACUUAAGGUAGCCCACCAAAUUUUAGAACUACUGUUUUAAAUAGCAUUCUUAUUUAAUCCUUAGGACAAUCCACAGAAGGAGUGAAAUUACCUUUGAUGUUCAGAAAGAUUAAAUAACUUGUUCAAAGGAGCUCAGUAGUGAAGGGUCAGGCCAGUAUGGCAGCACUUAGACACAGGUCGGAUUCCCAGAUGCUUUCUUUCCAUUUGCUUGUGCUGAAAGCAGCAAAGAUGCCAAAAUUAGUAUUUACUUAAGUCUAAUAUCUGAAAAUCUAUUCUCCUUCCCAGAAAUAGUGCCAUCUGAAAUCUUACAGCCAAUCUCUUGUAUCCCAGGGGAAAAAAAAAAGGUUAUGAAAAGCUUAGAACUUUAUUGUGAGCUUGGGGAGUGGGGUCUUGAAUAUUUUCAGAUAAUGCUUGAAACACUUUAAAAUUAGCAUAGAGGACUUCUGUCAGCUUAAAUUAGAAACAUAGAAAUAACUUCAAAAACUCCAAAACCUCACUUGUAUAGUUGUUAUGGAGUAAAUUGUGUCUCCCCAAAAUUCAUAUGUUGACAUUCUAGGCCCCAGUACUUCAGAAUGUGACUGUGUUUGGAGACGGGGCCUUAAAGAGGUGAUUAUGGUUAAAUGAGGCUGUUAAGAUGGGCCCUGAUCCAGUCUGGCUGGGGUUCCUACAAGAACAGGAAAUCUGGACAUGGAGACACCGGGGCGGGUGGUGGUUGGUGCUUGGACACAGAACAAAACCUUACAAGAUGCAGUGAGAAGGUAGCUGUCUGCAAGCCGAGGAGAAAGACUGCGGAAGAAACCCAACCUGCCGGUGCUUUGCUCUGGGACUUCCAGGCUCCAGAACUGUGAGAAAAUACAUUUCUCCUAGGGUCAUGGUGACUAGGAGACUAAUACAAUAAUUAAAGACAGGGAAAUACCUGCAUUUCUACAAACAAGAGAAAACAAUACUAGUGUGAAAAGUGGAUGCUACAUCCUGGUGGUCAGUAAGAACCAUGGCCCUGAGCCUUCAGGAGGAGAGUUGCAAAUCCAGCUCUUUUUGUGUCAAAAAGAGCUGUUAAAUACAGGAAAAAAGAGGACCUGUAAAACCGCAUCAUUUGGCCCAAGGGAAGCAACAAAAAAAACUUAGUACCUUGAAUGAAAAGAAAAACAGUAAUAAUCUAUGAGAAAUCAGACCCUGGGUCUGUGCUACCCUCUGCUGUAGGAUUUAAUUCAUAUCUAUAUGAGGCGGCAACAUUAACGUGAAAAAGCUAACAUUAAAAUGAUCUAAACUGUUGAUCACGGAGAAGCUACAAUCAAUGAGAACAGAAGGAAAAAUUAACAGAAUUGGACACCUAAGGAAUAUAAACAGUGGAAUUGCUACGUUCAGAUUGUGGAACGUUUGACGUGUUUAAAGAGUUAACAUAAUCAAAGAAAAGCUCACAAGAAGAUGCUGUUUGGAAAGAACAAAUUGAAGUCAACUUUUAAAAAUGAGAAAUAGAGACAUGGAAGUGCAUUAGUGUUAAUUUAUACUCACCAAAAAUACACAGUGUAUUUUAAAACUGUUAAUAUUGCAUUCCAAAAUUUAGUUGUAGUUCUUUUUUUUUUUUUCUUUUUCCUUCAUACUUUCCCUCAUUCCUUUUUCUGGGGAGAAAAAGGAAUACAAAUUGAGACAGGACUGAAAAAAGAGAAAAAUUAGGACAGGACUGAAAUGACUCAGGAGCAGAUGAAGAGAAACAUAGCCAUGUUAGGAACCCUUAUGAAUAAAUGUAAAUCAUCCUAUGUGUAGUUGAUUCAUACGUGCACUAAAAUUACUUUACAUAUAAAAUAACACAAUACAUACCAAUGUCUAUAUCCAUCUGUUUUCAUUUUUCUUUUUAUGUAAACUUUGUAUUGAGGUGGAACAUACCUUAUAGACUGUAUAGUCUAGUUUGAUGGAUUUUUAUAAAGUCAACAUCCAUUUAUACUACACCCAAAUCAAGAAACAGAACAUUACCAGCAUUCCAGAAGCUACACCAGAUUUCAUUCCCAGUCAUGAAUGGGAGAUUUCCCCAAGGGAAACCAUUGUCUGGCUUUUUGUGUUAGUUUAUUUCUGCAUAGCUGACGACUGUAACUUUACUGGUGUUAGUGUUAAACAACACAAAUGUAUUGUCUCCCAGUAUCUUUGGGUCAGGGCCGUGGGUAUAGUGAGCUGGAUUCGCUGCUUAGAAUCUCUCCAGGCUGUAGUAAAGGUGUUGGUCCUGGCUAUGAUCUCAUCCAGGGCUCAAGGUCCUUUUUCAGGUGGUUAUAGGACUAAAGCUGCUGUUUUCUGGCUGUCAGCUAGGGACAAUUCUCACCUACAGGCUUCUCUCAGAUCUUUGUACCAUAAUCACCUCCACAGUUCACAAAAUGGCUACUUGCUUCUUUAUGGCCAGCAGUAGAAUUUCUCUACCUUCAAAACUACAUGAGGGCCUAGAGGCCCUUUUAAAGGGCUCACCUGGAUAGGACGAGUUCACCCAAUAUAAUCUUCCUUUUAUUUUUUUAAAAUUAUUUUAUGUUUAUUUAAUUUUGAGAAAGAGCAUGGGGGGCAGUGGAUGGGUGCAGAGAGGGAGGCACAGAAUCCAAAACAGGCUCCAGGCUCUGAGCUAUCAGCACAGAGCCCGAUGCGGAGCUCAAACUCAUGAACUGUGAGAUCACGAUCUGAGCCGGAGUCGGACAUUCAACUGACUGAGCCACCCAGGCACCCCCCUUUUAUUUUUUUUAUGUUUAUUUUUAAGAGAGCAAGAGACAGAGCAUGAGUGGAGGAAGGGCAGGGAGAUAGGGAGACAGAGAAUCUGAAGCAGGCUCCAGGCUCUGAGCUGUCAGCACAGAGCCGCACGCGGGGCUUAAACCCACGAACUGCAAGAUCAUGACCUGAGCUGAAGUCAUAUGCUUAACCGACUGAGCCACCCAGGCACUCCAGUGUUCCUUUUAAUUAAUUAAUUCAGACUCCACUGUUGAGGGAUGUUAAUUACAACUGCAAAAAUUUUUUGCCAUUGCCAUUUAAUGUAACGUAAUGACAGGGGAGAAAUCAAGUCGUAUCCACAAGUCCUACCCACAGUCAGAGCGUGGGGAUAACACAGUGCAUGUACAGCAGUCGGAGUGAACCUUGCAGGCCAUCUUAGAAUUCUGUUACGUUCCUUAUACUAUAGAUUAGGUCUUCCUCCUUUGAACCUAUGUCCAUGAGUCAUGAAUUCUUUCACUCAAUAGUGUUUUUAUGAGAUUCUUCUGUGCAGUUGUCUAUGGCAACGAUUUGUUCAUUUUCAUUUUUUGUAUAUUCAUCCUUAUUAUUUCUAUCAUAUGACUAUAUCAAAAUUUAUCUAUUCUACUGUUGAACAUUUGGAUUCCUUCUACUUUUUUUCUGUUGUGACCACAUUUGUAUCUUCCAGUGCACAUGCGUUUGCAUUUUCUGAUAAAUAUAUACCAACAAGUUUAUCUUAUCUUAAAUAAGAACAAUUUUUCCAGAAGUUAUUUUCUAAAAAUGAGAAGCAGAAUUCAUAAAAUCAAAACCCACCAUGGACAGGAUAAAUAGCUAAAAAUAGAAUUAGUGAACUGGAGAAAAAUUCAUAUAGUGCCACCCACAGAGACCAAAGGAAAACAUGAAGGAGCAAUAAUGAUUAUGAAGGAUAGAAUGAAAAGGUCUGGCAAAACAAGAGUCCCGAAAAGUAUGUAAGAAAGGCAAUAUUUGGAAAGAUCAUGGGUAAUAUUUUUCCAGAAUUGACUUUUAAAAAAGAAGAUAGAUUCUAGAAGCACAAACAAAAAGAAAAUAUGCUAGACAUAUAGCAGUGACAUUUCAAAACAUCAAAGGCAAAGAGCUCUUAAAAGGUAAUCAAGGAGGGAUGGAUGCCUGGAUAGCUCAGUUGGUAAAGUGUCCGAUUUCGGCUUAGGUCAUAAUCUCGUGGUUCAUGAGUUCGAGCCCUGCGUUGGGCUCUGUGCUGACAGCUCAGAGCCUGGAGACUGCUUCAGAUUCUGUGUCUCUGUCUCUCCCUGCCCCUCCCCUGCUUGCAUGCUGUUUCUCUCUCUCUGUUUCUCUCUCUCUCUCUCUCAAAAAUAAAAAAUUAACAUUAAAAAAAAAAAAAGGCUUUAAUCGAAGGGAAGGUAUAACUCACUCUCCAGCAGGGGCUGGCAAACGUUUUCAUCACUAAGAUAUUAGAACACAGCCAUGCCAGUUCACUUAUGUGUUGGGUGGGGCUGCUUUGGCCUCUAGUGACAGAAUUGAGUAGUUACAGCUUAGAUCCCAGAAACCAUAUGGCCCACAAACCACAAAGUAUUACUAUUUGUCCCUUUAAUAUGUUUGCCAACAUUGCUACAAAGAAACUAUAAAGUAACAACAGAUCUCUUGAACAGCCUCACAACAAAUGAAAGCCGGAGGCUAGUGGGAUAACAUCCUCAAAGUGUUGGGACUAACAGUCUAUCUAUUUUGUUCCAACAAAACUUGCACAAAUGAAGGUUUAGUUUUGUUGUUGCUGUUUUUUUGUUUUGUUUUUUGAGAGAGUACACACAAGCGGGGGAGAGAGACUGAAGGAGAGAGAGAAUCUCAAGCAGGCUGGUGCUGUCAUCACAAAACCCAAUGGGGGGGUUGUGGGGGGGGGGGGGGCUGGAUCCCACAACUCUGGGGUCAUGACCUGAACCAGAACUAAGAGUCAGACAUUUAACUGACUGAGCCACCCAAGUGCCCCACAAAUGAAUGGUUUUUAAAAGUAAUAUUUAGAGAUAAAAAUGACAGAGUUUACCAACAAGAGAUCUACAAUAAAGAAACUUUUAAAAGACGUAUUUCAGGAGAAAGGAAAAACAUCCCAAAAGUCUCAAAUGGAAGAAUUACUGAUGACAAAUAAAAUGGAAAAUAUGUAUAUAAAUGCAAACAAACAUUAUAUAAAAUACUAUUAAUAAUUAUAGUGUGGUUUCUGUGGUUUGAAAAUAAUAACUAAAAUACUGAAAACAGUUGCAUAUAAAUUAACUAGGGCAUUUGUUAAGGGUGAAAGUAUUCUAAGUCCUCUUUGUAUUAUUGUUCAGGAGGUAAAGAUAUGACUUAAUUUUGAUAUGCAUGUGUGGUAGGCUCAAUAAUAGCCCCCAAGAUAUCCAUGUUCUAAUCCCUAGAGCCCUGUGAAUGUUACCUUAUAUGGCAAAAGGAACUUCACAGAUAUGAUUAAGGAUUUUGAGAUGGGGAGAUUACCCUAGAUUAUCCAGAUGAGCCCUGAGUAGAAUCACAAGUGUCUUAUAAAAGACAGGAAGAGGGAGAUUUUAAAUCAAAAGAGGAGAGGGUAUUAUGAUCAUGCUGCUGACUUUGAAGAAGGAGCAAGGGACCACAAGCCAAGGAAUGCAAGGAAUGAGCUCUAGAAGCUAAAAAAGGCAAGGAAAUGAUUCUCCCCUAGAGCCUCCCAAGGGAGUCAGGCCCUGCUGACACUUUGGUCUUGGACCAGAGAAACCCAUUACAGACUUCUGGCCUCCAGAACUGUGAGAGGGUAAAUAUCUGUUGUUCUAAAUCACUGAAGUUGUGGUAAUUUGUUCCAGUAACCCUAGGAAACCAAUACAGUAUGGUCAGAGUUCAAGGGCAACUAUGAAAAUAGUAGAAACAGGAGAGGUAAGCAGCAAAUUAGAAAGCAAAAAGCCUAAUUAAAAAAAAUAAGAAAAGGGGGCGAAUCCAAAGGUAAAGUGAUAGGGGGUGCCUGGCUGGCUCAGGCAGUACAAGCAUGCAACUCUUGAUCUCAGGGUUGUGAGUUCGAGCCCCAUCUUGGGUGCAGAGAUUACUUGAAAAUAAAAUCUUUAAAGAAAAAAAAAAAAAAGAUAAAGUGAUAUAAUUUAGAAUACCUCCAUUAUCCAAAUAAUGGAAGGAAGAUAUGUAAAUAGAUAUUAUGACUGAUUUUUUUUUUUAAUUUCAAUUAUAGUGAUGAUAAAAGACUUGAAGUGUAAGUACAUUUUAAGACUGGAAAUAGAGGGAUGGAGGAAGAUACAUCAGACAAACCCACAAGGUGAGAUAGCUACAUUAAUAGUUGACUGUACUGGGUUGAAUAGUUCUCACCACCCCCCACCCCCGGCCCCGCUCCCAAUUCAUGUCCAACCAGAACCUAUCAGUGCGAUCUUAUUUGGAAAGAGGGUCUCUGCAGAUGUAAUCCAGUUAAGAGGACAUUAAGGUAAGGAGGGGGCAACAUGGUAGAGAAGUAGGGGGAAUCCAUGCUUCCUAUGUUCUCAAACAAAGAAGUGUAGAAGCCAAAGGACUCUGAAUACCAGAGUCUGGGAGGAAAAGAGACUGAAUCUACUAGGAAGAAAAUGGGAAAGCUGGAAAAAAGAUAGGUGGGUAACUGCAAACUGGGGGAGAUAAAAAAGGCUGCAUGGGCAUGGAGUGGAGGGACCCCCUUUGCAGAGAGACAGAGGGAAGAAGAGAAACAGUGGCUGGGAAAGUGCAGGACCCUAUCUGGCCAGGAGAGAGACCUCGGACUGAGGCUGAGAGGGAUCCGAUCUCUAACUGGGGGGCUUUCUUCGGACUGGGGCUGGCUCCCUGUUCGCGCCCCUGGGGAGGAGGGGAGCUGGGCCUGGGUGCGGUGGUAGGUCGGGGGCUCAGUCCACAGCUGGAGAAAGCGGUU